CAGGCUCAGGGCAGGGCCGAGACACACCGCCCCCCCCGGCAGCUCAUGCGCAAUCACCCCGGGUGGCUGCGCGGCGGGAGCAGCAGCGGCGGGAUGGCGAAGCGGGUGCUGCCACUGCCCCGGCAGCGCUCCUUCACCGCGCCUAUCGUCCCCAACCCCUUCGUCCACCCGAGGCCUCUGAGCGCCGGCGACAAGCUGCGGACUGUUCUUCAGGGGAUUAUUUUGCUACCCCCCCGUGCCAUAUGCAUUGCAUCCCUUGUACUGCUAGCAUGGCUGUUGGCAUCCAUUGCAACUUUCGGUCACCCUGCAAAAGGAUCUGUGCCGCUUAAAGGAUGGAGAAGGAGGAUGAUCCAGACAACCCUCUCAUGCCUAACUCGUACCUUGUUCUUCGUAAUGGGCUUCCAAGUUAAAGUGAAAGGGAAAAUAGCAAGUCUGCUGGAAGCCCCAGUCGUUGUUGCAGCUCCUCAUUCAAGCUUUUUUGAUGCCAUUAUUUCUGCCCUAACGGGAAUGCCAUCAGUAGUGUCGAGAGCAGAGAACCUGUCAACUCCGGUAUUUGGCACAAUUUUAGGUUCCGUUCAGCCUGUAUCAGUUUCUCGUCAAGACCCUGAUUCACGAAAGAAUACAGCCGCUGAGAUAACUAAGCGGGCAUUAUCAAGAGGCCAGUGGCCACAGAUACUGAUUUUUCCAGAAGGCACCUGUACAAACCGUUCUUGUCUGAUCACAUUUAAACAAGGUGCUUUUCUUCCAGGAGUCCCUGUACAACCUGUGUUGCUCCGAUACCCCAACAGAGUGGAUACUGUGACCUGGACAUGGCAGGGCUAUUCAGGAACAGAGCUUUUAUUAAUGACGCUGUGCCAGCUCUACACAAGAGUAGAAGUCGAGUUUCUGCCCGUUCAUGUUCCUACUGAGGAAGAAAAGAGUGAUCCCAUUAUUUUUGCUGAUAGAGUCCGGCAAACCAUGGCAACUGCUCUGAAUGUGCCGGUCACUGACCACACUUUUGAAGAUUGCAGACUGAUGAUUUCAGCAGGGCAGCUGACUCUGCCCAUGGAAGCUGGGCUGGUGGAGUUCACCAAAAUUAGCAAGAAACUCAACCUAAAAUGGAAUCAUGUCAGAGAGCAGCUGGAUACCUUUGCUGCCAUUGCAAGUGCUUCCAAAGGGGGAAGAAUUGGAAUUGAGGAGUUUGCAGAGUACUUAAAGCUGCCUAUUUCAGAUGUCCUCAGGGAGCUGUUUCUACUCUUUGACAGGAAUGGAGAUGGCACCAUUGACUUCAGAGAGUAUGUAAUUGGUUUAUCUAUUCUUUGUAACCCAGCCAACACAGAAGAAACUAUUCGGAUGGCAUUUAAGCUCUUUGAUGCAGAUGAGGAUGGCACUGUAACGGAAGAAGAGUUUGCUCAUAUCAUUCAAGCGGCUCUGGGGGUGCCCGACCUUGAUGUUUCUAUGCUCUUUAGAGAAAUAGAUGCAGAUGAAACUAAGAAGCUGUCCUAUGAUGAGUUCAAGAACUAUGCGCUCACGCAUCCAGUAUAUGCCAAGUUGUUUACUACAUACCUAGAGCUACAGAGGUACCACUCAGGUAUGCUGGACGAAGAUGGCAUUGAGUCAAAUGACAGCCCAGUCAAAGACAGUCCAGUUACAAAGAGUGCCAUCCCAGUCUCAGAAAUAACACCGAUUGCAAGAAAUAAAGUCUGCCCUGAAGGCAAUGACGAGGAUAACUCAAGUACAUCUGACAAAAAAGAUGACUGAGAAGAGUUAAAGAAUCCAGCUCUUGAGUUCUGCACGAUUUUUUUCCUAGCUAUUCAUAAGCACAAUUGAUAUAAAAAAGAGAUGGAAGUUACAAUUAAAAAAAAAAGUUUCCUAUCAGGAGGAGUUAUUCCUGUUUGAGUGUAAGGGAAAAAACACUGUAACUAUUCUGUCCUUGAUGUCAGUAUCCCAAUACUGGGAAUGUUGUUCAUGUCUUCCAAGUUCAUACUUCCACAAAAGUAACAGAUGUGCUAAGAGGAGCAAGAGGCUCUGCGGUCCCACCUCAGAAAGGAGACUGAGGAGUCCACUUGUGCAAAACAAGAGGAAUUUUUGGUGCUGCUCAAUUCCUCUACAUCCCAAACAGCUCUUAAGGGAGAAAAAAAAAAUAACCAGGGUUUUAAUGUACAAUAUCCCUUAGCCUUCCUCAAGUUUCUGAGAGACACAAAUGAGUUAGAAGAAGCUGAGAGUUGAAGUUGGUGUUUUCUUUUAACUGCCGUUAGAUUUCCCUUAACUACUUGUGAACUAUAAAGACUAAGCUUUUGAACAAGACAUGCUGAUGCUGUUAAGAGAAACAGCUUUAGGCUUAAAGGCUAGUUAAAGAUGGAAAUGGCUGCACUUCUAACAACAAAACUAAUUGGAAUUCCAACGUGCAACUCACAUUCUACAGGAAAUUGCAUACAGUAAGAACCAAGAAUUAAUGAACUAUUUGAAAAUAAACAGAAUGUUGUUUACAGUAACAGCUGUUCAGGAUCACAUUAGGAGGGCUAUUUCAAACAAGCAUAUUUUUAUUCUAGUAAUUAUCAAUAGAGGAAUGUGACCUUGCUCUGCAAAACUUAGAAGGCAAAUAUGCUGUCAAGCCAUAGUUCUAGCAGUUAGUAUCUACCCUGAAGUUGUCUCCUGGAAACCAUUUUGCAUUAUGUGUCAUUACUCAAUAUGUUCUUAGAAUCUGAUUCAAAGCCAAGCUCUUUCUGGUCGAUGAUUUGAGUAUGUUUUGCCUCUGUCCCCUCUAGUGCACUGCAAAUUGGGCCUUUACCUUUUUCCAUCCUUCAUCUGAAUGCACUUUAUAUAGUAUUUAAAAUAUAUAACUAUUUACGCAAGUAACUUGUCAAUAAAAAAUGGGAAGGGGUGGAGUGACAGGAUAUUUUCAACUUAAAACUAAGAUAAGCAAAGUCUAGAAUGUCUAGUACCAAAAGUAACCAAUUUUCAGUGGGUUUCUUACGUGAAAUGGUAACCUCUGCCUCUUAAGUUAUUGCUUGCGUUGUCUGUUUGCAAGUUCAUUGCCAUGUUUAAUCUUUCUGUGUUUAUAAUUGUGCCUAUGCUGAUGUUUCACACGUUUAAAAUAAAUCUAUAUUUUUAACAGA